AUGGAGCGUCUAAAUCGAAUGCUGCAAGCUGCCCAGGGGAUGGGCAUGAAUAAUGUUUCUCCCAGUGGAGAUACCCCCAAUUUGAUCGAUAACUCAGAAACCGUUCACAUUUCUUCUCUCGCGCUACUAAAAAUGUUACGGCACGGUCGUGCCGGUGUACCAAUGGAAGUGAUGGGCCUGAUGUUGGGUGAUUUUGUGGACGAAUAUACGGUUCGAGUUGUCGAUGUAUUCGCUAUGCCGCAGAGUGGUACCGGAGUCAGUGUUGAAGCGGUCGAUCCUGUAUUUCAGACAAAUAUGAUGGACAUGCUCCGACAAACAGGACGACCGGAAACUGUAGUCGGAUGGUAUCAUUCUCAUCCUGGCUUCGGUUGCUGGCUCUCCUCGGUCGACAUCAACACUCAACAAUCUUUCGAGCAACUCACGCCGCGUGCCGUCGCCGUUGUCGUUGAUCCAAUCCAGUCAGUUAAAGGAAAAGUUGUCAUCGAUGCAUUCCGGUUGAUCGCGCCACAAACUCUUGUGAUGGGCCAAGAACCGCGCCAGACCACAUCUAACUUGGGACAUCUCAACAAGCCCUCAAUUCAAGCUCUUAUUCAUGGCUUAAACCGACACUACUAUAGCAUUGCUAUCAACUAUCGGAAGACCGGAUUGGAAGAGAAUAUGUUGAUGAAUUUACACAAGCACGUUUGGACGGACGCGUUGCAGAUGAAAAAUUUCCGUGAGGAUAGAGAACAAAAUGUUGAACGGUUACAGAAGCUGGUUGGCCUCGCAGAAGGUUAUGAAAAACGCGUAAAGGAAGAAACGGAGCUUACUAAAGACCAGUUGAAGACUCGAUAUGUUGGAAAGGUGGACCCAAAGAAAGCGUAA